AGUAGAUAAGCACAGGUGGAUGGCUUCUUUACCGUAUGCUGACGUGGACGGCAGCCUGAGAGUUUUGGCCGGCAAAGCGGAGGGUUUUGGGCGGUUCGCCGUCGGAGGCGUCUACGGGCCUCUUUACUCUGUCACUUCUCUGAACGAUGAUGGUCCGGGAUCGCUCCGUGAAGGGUGCCGGCGACGAGGACCGCUCUGGAUCGUCUUCGAAGUUUCCGGGACGAUUCAUCUUAGAUCCUUCUGUAGUGUGUCUUCUCACAAGACGAUCGAUGGCCGGGGCCAGAGGAUCAAGCUCACGGGAUUUGGUUUGAGGUUGAAGGAUUGCGAGAAUAUCAUCAUCUGCAACCUCGAGUUUGAAGGCGGCCGAGGACACGACGUUGAUGGGAUUCAGAUAAAACCCAAUUCUAGAAACAUCUGGAUUGACCGCUGCAGCCUCCGAGAUUUCGACGAUGGUCUGAUAGACAUCACCAGACAGAGCACUGACAUUACCGUCUCUAGAUGUUACUUUGCUCAACAUGACAAGACAAUGCUAAUUGGAGCAGAUCCAUCUCAUACUGGUGAUAGAUGCAUAAGGGUGACAAUUCACCACUGUUUUUUCGAUGGUACCCGGCAAAGGCAACCUCGUCUUAGGUUUGGGAAGGUUCAUCUGUACAAUAAUUAUACCAGAAACUGGGAUAUUUAUGCAGUUUGUGCAAGUGUAGAAGCGCAGAUAUAUUCCCAGUGCAACAUAUAUGAAGCUGGAAACAAGAAAAAAACUUUUGAGUAUUAUACAGAGAAGGCAGGAGACAAGGAAGAGUCUGCAUCUGGAUUAAUAAUAUCUGAAGGAGACGUAUUUCUGAAUGGAGCACAGCCAUUCUUACGAACUGGAAUUGGUGAAGAAAAUGUCUUCCAUCCAAGUGAACAUUAUCCAACAUGGACAAUGGAAGCAGCAACGGAUUCUUUGAAAGAAGUCCUCCAAAUAUGUGCAGGUUGGCAAUCCAUUCCUCAACCACCAGAUACGAUGACCAUAUGCCAAUGAGGCUAUGGUCAGCGUUUAAAAGGACAUGCUAAGAUUUUGGAGGACUCACUCAGGUUUCAUAUUUCCCUACCCCAAAUAUAAACUCAGCAAUGGAUUCUUUGAAAGAAGUCCUCCAAAUAUGUGCAGGUUGGCAAUCCAUUCCUCAACCACCACAUACGAUGACCAUAUGCCAACGAGGCUGUGGUCAGCGUUUAAAAGGACAUGCUAGGAUUUUGGAGGACUCACUCAGGUUUCAUAUUUCCCUACCCCAAAUAUAAACUUAGGAGUCGAAUACCUUCUCAUUCCUGUCUUUAUUCACCUGGAUUAUUGGAUGCAACAUAUAUGUUGUGCCCUAAACUUUUUGUAAGGUCAAGAUUUAAAUUGUAAAACAUUUCAUCAGAAGUUUAACAUUGCAUUGAACUUUGAGAAUGUAAUAAAUAGACUUGAGUUUU